AACAUCAACCACCCGCCCUCCUUAUUCCUCCCCAACCCACAACAUGUCUUCUCCGGCAAGUCGGAGGACUCGUGCCUCCAAACAAUCAACGGCAUCGCCCGCCUCAUCGGCUCGAACAGCUCGCGAGCCACCCAGCAGCCCGACUCGCCAAGCCACUCCCCGCGCCGCCCGACGCCUGGCAGCUGAAGGAAAUGUUCCAUCGUCCUCUCCGAUGAACUUCCAGUCUUCCUCGCCUACAAGAGGACACAGAGAUGCAGAGACCCCCGAUGUUCGCAUGGGCGAAGCCAGCUCUCAAGCCGAUGAUGGUGAUAGAACCCCUCGGGCUGCCGAAGCCGGUAUUCGAGACUCGUCUCCUAUCAACUAUAUCCCCAGUUCUAGCCCCAGCAGGGGGUUCGCCCGAACAGACUUCCGUUCCGAUCUCCGCUCCGACGCCCUGAGUGAAAGCAGUGGGCUAUUCGUAUCGCCGAGCCAGGGCCGCCGGUCUGCCCCUCGUCGAAGUGAUCUCCACUCAAAUGGAUUUGGAUCAACUCCCGCUCGCCGCAACCGAGUGUUUGUCGGCGCCGAUGGCAUGCCCUCCGAAGGCAAUGCCCCUCGCUCCGAUGCUACAUUCGAAAACAUCAACCCCGAUACCUCCGAGGCUGAGGCUAUGGCCGGUAACUCAUCACGUGUUAUCUGGGGCACUAAUAUUUCGAUCCAGGAUUCCAUGUCCGCUUUCAAACAGUUCCUGUAUUCGUUUGCUUCAAAAUACCGUCUUUGGGCCGACGGUGCUUCCGAAGAUGAGACACGCAUCAUGGGCGAGGCAGCUGAUAGGCGCGAAUACAUUCAAAUGCUUAACGACAUGCGCCGCCUCGGCAUGACAACUUUCAACCUGGAUGCCCGGAACCUGAAAGCAUAUCCCCCAACCCUCAAGCUUUGGCACCAGCUGUCCGCAUACCCCCAAGAAAUCAUUCCGUUGAUGGAUCAGACUGUGAAGGAUGUGAUGGUUGAACUGGCUAUCAAUGAGAUGGAUGCUCUGCGGAAAUCCCGCACUCCUCGCGGCCAGUCCAUCCUCACUUCCGAUGGCGUCGUUCAGCCAACUGAUGAGCCUGAUCUGAUCGGCGAGGUCGAGGCCGUGUCGUACAAGGUGCUCCCGUUCGGCCUCGAUGAGACUGUGAACAUGAGAGAUCUUGAUCCAGCUGAUAUGGACAAGCUGGUCAGCAUCAAGGGUCUGGUUAUCCGGACUACUCCUAUCAUUCCCGACAUGAAGGAGGCGUUCUUCCGUUGCAACGUUUGCAGCUUCGGCGUCCAGGUCGACAUUGACCGUGGUCGUAUUGCGGAGCCCACUUCCUGUCCCCGUGGUGGCUGCGAGUCAAAGAACUCGAUGCAGCUUAUUCACAACCGAUGCUCAUUCUCGGACAAGCAGGUUAUCAAGCUUCAGGAAACCCCCGACAAUGUCCCUGAUGGCCAGACCCCUCACUCCGUUUCUCUUUGCGUGUACGAUGAACUGGUGGACGUGUGCAAGGCGGGUGAUCGUGUCGAGGUGACCGGUAUAUUCCGCUGUAAUCCGAUGCGCGUGAGUGCUCGCCAGCGCUCCCAGAAGGCCCUAUUUAAAACAUACAUCGAUGUUCUCCACGUUCAGAAAGUCGACCGCAAGAAAAUGGGUAUCGACGUGUCCACAGUGGAGCAGGAGAUGUCUGAGCAAGCCGCUGAAGCCGAUCAGGCACGUAAGAUCUCCGCUGAAGAGGAGGAGAAAAUCAAGCGCACUGCCUCUCGUCCGGAUGUCUACGAGCUGCUGGCCCGCUCCUUAGCUCCUAGCGUCUAUGAGAUGGAUGACGUGAAGAAGGGUAUUCUGCUGCAGCUGUUUGGUGGUACCAACAAGACCUUCCAGAAGGGUGGUAACCCCCGCUACCGUGGAGAUAUCAACAUUCUCCUCUGCGGUGACCCUUCGACCUCCAAGUCGCAGCUGCUGCGCUACGUCCACAAGAUUGCCCCUCGUGGUGUUUACACCAGCGGUAAGGGUUCUUCGGCUGUCGGUCUGACUGCCUAUGUGACUCGCGACCCGGAAACUCGUCAGAUGGUCCUCGAGUCUGGUGCCCUGGUUUUGUCUGACGGCGGUACUUGCUGCAUUGACGAGUUUGACAAGAUGAACGAGGCGACCCGUUCCGUCCUCCACGAAGUGAUGGAACAGCAGACCGUCUCCAUUGCCAAGGCGGGUAUUAUUACGACUCUUAACGCCCGCACUUCUAUCCUGGCAUCCGCCAACCCCAUUGGCAGUCGCUACAACCCUCGACUGCCCGUUCCUCAAAACAUUGAUCUUCCUCCGACCCUGCUCUCCCGUUUCGACCUGGUGUACCUGGUGCUGGAUCGCGUGGACGAGACGGAGGAUCGCCGUCUAGCAAAGCACUUAGUCGGCAUGUACCUAGAGGAUACUCCGGAGAAUGCUAGCUCCGAGGAGAUUCUGCCCAUUGAAUUCCUAACGGCCUACAUCACCUACGCCAAGACUCAGAUCAAUCCCAUCCUGACCCCAGAGGCCGGAAAGGCUCUCACCGACGCCUAUGUGGCCAUGCGCCAGCUUGGGGACGACAUUCGGGCCCAGGAACGCCGCAUUACGGCCACCACACGACAGCUGGAGUCCAUGAUUCGACUCUCCGAGGCUCAUGCCCGUAUGCGCCUGUCUACCGAGGUUACGGCGGCCGAUGUUGAAGAAGCCGUGCGUCUGAUUCGCUCGGCGAUCAAGCAGGCCGCGACAGACUCGCGCACAGGUCUGAUUGACAUGGGUCUGUUGACCGAGGGAACCAGUGCGAGCGAGCGCCGUCUGCGCGAGGACCUGAAGCGCGCAGUGCUAGCCCGUCUUGAUGAGCGAGGGGGCGUUAGCGGCACUGCCGUCCGCUGGACAGAUUUGUUCCGGGACAUGAGCGAGCAGAGUGAUAUGCCGCUGGACCACAACCAGUUCGGCGACGCGGUUCGCUCUCUGGAGGCAGAGGGUGCCGUGCACAUCUUGGGUGAGGGUGCCCGACGAAGUAUCCGUCGGGCCGCGCUCGGCAUGUCGUGA